AUGAAAAAGUUCCUUUUUAAAAUCAAAGCAUUUUACGUUAGAGACUUCUUAUUUAUCAGAGAUUCGAAGAGGAUAACAUUUAAAAUGGCCAUUGCGAUGAUAUUUAUAGAAAACCUUUAAAUGUUAUCAGUGUACACUAAUAGCUUUAAUACAAUUUAGUAUGAUGAAUUUCUAAAUUAAGUUCAAUCCUUAAUCAAUUAUUUUAGGUCAACUAGAUAUCAUAUAUAUUAGGAUUUACACUUUAUUCGAAUUGCUUGUGUAAUGGUUGGAUUUUUGAUAAAAACCAUAUUUUUAGUAAGACUGGUUUUUCUAGUGUUAAGUUAAUAUUUAUUUAUCAAAGAGAAGUUGACUCUUCAUGAUUUACCACUAGAUCAAAACAAAUAAAAUUAUCAUUUUGAGAAAUCAUGGCAGUCAACAUUGAUUUUCUGGUACAUGAAAAUCAAUCUUGAAGUCAUGUAGGUACCAGUGCUAUUUUGUGCCAUUAGUGUUAUCACUGAUCUGAUCGGUCUCAAAAGUUUAAAUGAAUUUGAAUAAAUUGGAUUGCUUUUAAGUUUCCUUCUAAUUAUUUAAUAAAUACUUGUAGGUGUAUUCCUGCAUUUUCAUCAGACUGAUUACAGAAUAAAAGAUUAUGAUUUAUUAGGGAAACUCAAUGGGUUAGAAAACCAAACUCUUUAUGGAUUGAAAAUACUAAUAAUAUUUUUAUCUGGAAGUUAAUAACAUAUAGUUGUUAUUUAAACCUUAGGAUUGCUUAUCAAUAGUAUAUAGGCAAUACAUAAUUAUAGAUAGCUCACUUAUAUAGAUCAUAGAAUAACCAAUUUUGCUAAUUAGAUUAAUUUUCUGAUGUUGUUGUAUUAGGUAGUAUUGAUUCUAUGUGAAUUUGGGGAGACACAAAUAAGAAUCAGUUCAUCAUUAUUGAUUCUUUUCUUUUCACCCCUAAUUAUUAUUCUGUUCCAUCAACUCCAUAUGAGAUCAGAAUAUAACAAUAAACAUAUCGAUAACCAUCGAUAUUUAAAAAAACUGUAUUGGAAUGCCAAAAAACUGAUCUAUUCUAAAAAGAUGUCUUAACAUUAGGAUUAAUAAAUACUAUUUGAAAUAUACACAGUAGUCAGAAGCCAUUUAUAAGAAUGCAAAUAAAUAAGGAUAAGAAAAAUGUUAAAAAUGGCUAGUUUCAAAUAAACAUGCUUUUGUUCAAUUUUUCAAAAUCAGAGGGAUUCAUUCUAGAACUUAGAGUAAUGUAAGGAAUUUUUAAAAUUAUUGUUGGGUUAAGUAUUGGAAGAUUAACUAAAGGAAAAUGGCUGCAUUUAGAAUUCAAUAACCUAUAUAUGUUAUUUAACUGAAAUCAAGAAGGCGCCAAUCUCAGCAAUAUAUGAAAUAAUUAGAACUUCAACUAUAGAAAAACUUCAAUUGAGAUAAAAGUAGAUCAUACAUUAACUUUAAUAGAGUUCUUAAAUAAAAUUUAAUCAAUUAAUAAAGAAGUAAAAUUUAGUAAAUCAGAUGUUUGAUUUUAAAAGAGCCUACCAAUUUGAAGAAUCCUUAAAGGUUUUAAAGUUAAACCUUUAUGUCAUCGUCAAAUAAGAAAUAGAAUUCUAUGAAACUCUUUUUGCACCAAUCAUAGAUGCAUCAAUUUUGUAAGACAAAGGGUUACAAUUAGUAAAUAACAUUACUUUUUUGGAAAAAUAGAUUUAACUUGUUUUCAGGACUAAUCCACAGAAUGGAGAGUGUGACACCAUUUACAAACUAUUUCAAAAAUACAUAAACUUCAAUAAAGUUAGGCCAAAAUUAUUUAAAAGAGAAGGCCAAUUAACGGCUGAAUUCAUUUAAUCAAUUGAUAAAAUAAUUUACAAUUAAAAUAGUUGCGUGGUUUAAAUUACCUUACUUUAACCUAGAGGAAAUGUAAUUAGAUACACAAGAUCAUUUUAACAAGUGUUGUAGUAUAAAGAUGAUGAAAUUAUGAAUUAAAACAUUAAAAAAUUUAUACCUUCCAUUAUUGCUAGCGAUCAUGAUUAAUAUUUGAAUAAUUUUGUUGAAACUGGAAGAAUUAACGUAUUAAAAAGAGAAUUAAGAAUUAUUUUAGUAAAAUUAAAAUCUGGAUUUGUGAUUCCAAUCAAUACUAGAUUAAGAAUUGAAGUGAAUUCUAUUGAAUUUGGAGCUUAAGCACUUAUGACCCCAGUUAAUUAUUCAUAUGGAUAUUUGAUGCUUAAUGAAUAAGGAUAAAUAGAGGAAUUAACAAAGAACAUUUUUGAGGACAUAUUUAAAUAAUAUUUGGGAUUAGACUUUGAUUUUGUAAGAGGUUUAGACUUUUUGCUUAUGAUUCCUGACUUAUCUAAGAUAUGGGAAAGUAUAUUUGAUGAGAACUUUGAAAAAUUAGACUUAUAUUUAGAAGCCUAAUUAUUGAUUCCAGUAAUAGAGAAACAAGCAGUCUCACCAAUAUGUCCAUUUAAUUAUGGAAACAAACUAUCCCUUAACAAAAGACUAGCAGAUUACAUCAAAAACAAUAGCUAAAAUAUUAUUAAAUAUCAAAUUAACCUUCAUCUCACUAGUCUAACCACAAUAAAUCUAAGAGUCGUUAUUGUUGAAAUUCCAGAAUACAAGCAAACGAUUAACAAAUAAUAUGCAAGUUAACUUGAAUUAUAUAAUUAAUAAGUGUAGCCUCAUAAAACAUCAGUUAAUUUCACUCAUCAAUCAGACUUACCAACUCAUAAAUCUUGUGGUAUAAACUCUCCAAUGAACACACCCCCUCCUACCAAAACUUUAAUAAACGAAUGUGAUUUAGAUUAUGAAAAUUUAAUAGAAGAAAAAAAAAUGAUAUAGGAAUUUCGAAAUCAAUUAGCCUCAAUUACAAUGAAUAACACAUUACAGAACAAUUCUAAAGAACCUUUAAUUUAACAAUAAUAAUAAGCCGAGAAUAUAUACGAAGCAAAAAUAGUUAUGAUGCCUUAACGUAUUUUAUCUUACAAAAGUGAGGAAUUUGAAUAGAAAUAAUACUAGCAAGAACAGUUCUAGUAAUAAUAAUAAUAUAAUGGCUCAGUUGGAAGUAGAUCUUCCUAGAAUAACAGCAAUACAUUCAAAAUGUAAAUAAAAGAUUGUUUAUAAAAUAAAAAAGAGUUAAAUUUAAGGAUAAAGAUCUUUUUAUUAAUAUUUUAUUUCCUAUUAUUAGUAGGGUAUAUCCUAAAUUUUUGUAUUUUAUACUUUAAUUUCUAAAAGAUUGAUGUCAAUUUAAAUUUUGAAAGUCUACCUUAUCAAUUCAAUUACUAUUAUCAUGAAUUCAUUAUUGCUUAGGUCUACGUAUCUGAAUAAGAAUUUAAAUUCAAUCAGCUACUAAAAACUUCAUUAUAUUAUUACCAAAAUCAAUUGAAAAAUGUUGAUUAAAUUAUAUCUCUUAUGCCUCAAAUUAAUGUCAUAAAUAAUUAAACCUUACAAAGAAGAACCGUAAAUGUUAUUUCACAAAUGUCUGAGGUUUAUGAUUCCAACAAAAGUACAUCUCUCUAAGAGUAUUUAAAUAAUAGUGAUGCAUUUCAUGUAUUAUUAGAUAAAUUUAGUGAAGCCAAUUCUCCUUCAUCAAUAUCUAGUCUGCUCAGUUAUUUUAUCCUUGAAGAAAUCUUGCUAUUUAUACUUUUAUCCAGUUAUGCCUAUUUUUAUGUUUCCAUACUAAAGAUGAAGAUAAAAUUCUUUAAAUUAUUUUGUACUUUUUCAAAAGAUUUUGUAAAGGAAUAGUUUAUUUAAUAUCAUUCAUUUUAUAACCAAAUUAAUCAUGCUAAAUUUAAAACUAAUGAAACAAAUGAAGAAUCAUUUGAAGCAUCGAUGAUAACUUACUAUUAAAAGAAUUCUACUUAAAGUAAUUUGGAGAGUCAAGUAAGAGUUGGAAGAUAAAUUUAAACUCCAUAAAUCAACAUGAAUUUAAUAUUUUUCUUUUUCGUGAUGCUUCUGAUAUCUGUUUUUAGUUCAUCUUACUAUUUUGGAACAUAUUUACUCUAAAAAUAAGUACUUAUUACCAUAGAAGCAAAUUAUUUUGAAAGGUUGUACUAUGAAAAUGUUGCAAAUCAUUUAUUAUUUGCUUAUUCUCAUUCAGCCUUUUUUUACAAUAAAACUAUUACCGAAGAAAUGUUAUAAUAUUAAACUAGUGCCCUAACUGAAUUAUAGGAAUAUAUUACUUAGAUCACAAUAUAACAAGAAAAUUCAAAUAAUUUAAUAAUUUAAAAUAUCUUAGUAGAUUAAAUUUGUAGUGUUUUUCAAGAAGGAAUAUCUAUAGAGGACACUGGCUAUUAAAAUUUGUUUUCAUUUGAACAGUGCUCAUCUAUACCUUCUCUAUCAAAAGGUUUGAUAUUCGUGGCCUAAGAAUUAUUUUCCAUUUACAAUGACAUUGUAUAGAACUUGCAAUCCAUAUAGUAUAAUGAAACUUCAAAGUUUCCCUUAUUAUUAGAGGCUGAUAUAUAAAUAGAGAGACUUUAUUCGCAAUUCAGCUUUUAAAUCAUAACAGAAUUACUUAGAUAAGAAAUUAAAGAUUUGAUAUCAUAAACGUUUUACUUAAAUACUGUAAUGUUUGUCUUGGCAAUUAUUUUGGCAAGUUUGACUUUAUUAAUUGCAAAAGUGUCUAUUGAGAAGAUUUAGUCAUAGCAUUCAGAAAAUAAAAGAAUAUUAACAUUAUUUCCAUAUGAUAGAUUAAUGGAGAAUGCCUAUGUACAUAGUUUUAUAUCAUAAGAUUUACAUUUUUUAGUUUGA